ACUACACCUGUCCUGUCAUUAUCGUUCUGUUUAAUCCCCCCAUUUCAAGCCGGGGACGUGCCACACAAUGUACGCAGUUUCAAAGCAAUGAAAUGAUUCGUAGUAUGUAAUUGCACGAUUGCCGAGUACAACUGUGAAGUACAAUGGGUCUCGAGGAUUAUAAAGAAUUCGUGGCAAUAUGUGCCUUGAUUUCCACUAUGGGACAAAUGUUGGCUGGAACAUUAAUAUGCAAGGACAUUUACAAAAAAGGAUCAUCAAAAGGUUUUGAUCCAAUGCCCUUCCUGGGUGGUAUAGGAAUGUGCAUUUUGAUGCUUCGGUAUGCAUUGAUUUUGAGGGAUCCUGCGAUGAUUAAUGUUAAUGUUUUUGGAUUACUCACAAAUAUAGCCUAUAUGGCUGUGUAUUACUAUUACUCACCACACACGACGGAUACACUUGCUUUAAUAGGCAAGGUUGCAGCCUUUGUGAUGGUCUUCCUCGCGUACGCUCAACUGGAAAGUCCUGAGAAGGUCGAAUACCGAUUCGGUUUAAUCGUGACAAUCUUACUGUUUCUCUUAAUAGGGUCUCCACUUAUACAUCUUGGAGAAAUUAUUAGGACGAAAAAUACAGAUAUGCUUCCGUUUCCACUAAUUUUCAUGGGCACACUCGUUUCUUUCCAAUGGCUGUUAUAUGGUCUGAUAAUUAAUAACGUUUUUGUAAUCUUUCAGAACGUUGUAGGUUUUCUUCUUAAUGUGAUGCAACUGUCGUUAUUCGUAAUAUUCCCAUCAAAAUCGAAAGGUAAAACCGGUAGCCAAAAGAAGGUGGACUAACGGCAAGAUGAAACAUUUCCUAGUACAAUGUGUCUAGUUGUUAAUAAAUAUUUUUCAUUGUAUUUUUAUAAUAAAAGAAAGUAU